AUGGAUAUUGUAUUCCGUAUUUCUAAAGGCGCAUUAACGUUUACCAUUCUUGCUGCUAUUAACUUGUUCACUAUAUAUUACAAAUUUACUUGGUUCUACGUGGAGCUCAUAAUAUCGGUUAAGUACGCUGAUGCUGUUCAAAUGAUAUAUGAUCUAUGUCAAUAUUUCGUUGAUCUAUAUUUCGUUUACAAGUACGGAUCGGAUGUGUUCUAUGAAUACAUUAGGCAAUAUGCUUACAUAGAUGGAAUGUUUGGGAUGGAAUACUAUGGCAGUAUCAGAAGAAGGCUUAUCAACGUGAUGAUUUUCAUGAUAUCAAUGUGGUUUUCGAGCAGUUUAUCUGAUUAUGUAAUUUGGGCUAUUGGUUUUGGCUUAAUGUCUACAACUUUUUUCUCCAUGGCCUACAUUUAUAUGUUUAUCAAGAUACUCACAAAUUUGCAUGUAACUGUGCAUAUCAUGCACAUCGAGAGCAGAUUGCGUGUUUUGGGCGACUUGAUUCAAGAGUGCUAUUGUUCUUCUGUCAGCUGCACAGCGAGGAUCGAAGAUGCAGUCAUUAAGAAGAAUUGGUUCUACACUAUUAAAACGAAGACGUCGAAAUCCCAGUUGUACCCUUUGAAGAAAAUUUCGUAUGUAAACAGUAACGAAGUGAAAUGGUUGAGCAGAUGUUAUUUGUUACUGACAGAGCAAGUCAAUUUUAUCAAUAGAAUGUUUGGAAUGCGGAUAUUAUUAAACAGCUUGAGUUUGCUUAUCGACAUGGUACGAUUUACUAAUUUGACGGUGAGGGUCCUACUGGGUACACAGCAAACAGGCUACGUCCACACCUUCUAUCCCGCAAUAUCAACAUUUUCGCGCUCACUAACUUGCGCCGCAGUGAUAGUGAGCCUCGUGAAUCACUGUGAAGAUACGUACAGACAAAGAGAACGAAUUAUUUCCUUGGUCGAACAUCUCAUCUUUAACAGGACCCUGGACGAAAAGAUGCAAGCCGCAUACAAGGAUCUCCUCAGCUUGGUACAGUCGCAACCUAUCAACUUCCACAUGGCGCAUUUUAUGAGACUUGACUACCCGCUGCUGGUGUCGAUCUGUUCAGUCUUUGUCACAUAUACAAUCAUACUGAUACAGAGCAUUUGAAGAAGGUUAUUGAGCUGCCCUAAGACCCUCCGAGUGUUCUUGGUGAGAUAAUUGGCGAGACUUGUCUGCAUCGACGAGAGGUUCGUGGUAAUUGAAGGCGCA